AUGAGCAGUAUCUCAGAGUCAGAUUCUUCAUUUCAAGCGAUAAAGAAAAGGCGUAUGUCUUCCAGAUCAUCCAUCUCACGCAAGACAGGAUCUGCACAACGUAUCAGUAUUGUUUCUCACCUCAACCCUGUCGAGGACGGAACCUCGAGUGCUGGUACAGACGAAAGUAGUUUAAAGAGUGAAGGUGUGGAUGAUUUAUUUCAGAGAACAGAUAAAUUGUAUGAAAAGUACACGAUUGCUUGUGCAAAUCAAAUACCAAAGAAUAUCGCCGAUGGUGACUCAUCUCGAUAUUUAGUAGAUGAGGAUAAUUUUACAAUUGCAGAUCUAUGCAAGCCUAACCUUCCAAUUGGAGAGACGUCCGAUAAUUUCCAAAGAGCACAGGAAGCUUUGAAGGCGAAACAUCAACUUCGUCUUCAAAGGAGGGCAAUGCGUCUCAAGGCCCGGGAACAUUUCAAACCUCUAAAUGAGUUAAACAAAGAAGAGGCCGACAGGCUAUUAGAAAGUCGCAAAAAGGCUGCUGAAGACAUUAUGAACGCCGAUAUCCCUGAGCCAGAUAGAGGUCACAAUGCCAUUCAAUUGAGAAUAAGUCAAGAUGGUACCUUUGCCGUUGAUGAAGAGUCUACAGUUGUUGAUAGGCAUAAAAAUGCCACUCUUGAGCAUGCACACAAGCUGCGAAUGGACGAAAACCCGUUCGAAAAUCUCUUCAAUUCUGCUACUUACGGCCGUCAGCAGUAUACUGAUCCUUGGACGAUUGAUGAGCUUAUGCAGUUCUACAAGGCUCUCUCCAUGUGGGGCACUGAUUUCAAUUUAAUAGCGCAGAUGUUUCCGUAUCGAACACGGCGCCAGAUCAAAGCUAAGUUCGUGAACGAAGAAAAGAAGAACCCUGUUAUGAUUGAGCUAGCUUUGCGCUCAAAACUGCCCCCAGACUUUGAUCAGUACUGCGCGGACAUUCGAAAAGACCUGGUCUCACUUGAGGAUUUUAAUCACAAGUUACAAAGCCUACAGGCCGACCACGAAGAACAUUUGAAGCAGAUAGAACUCUCGAAGCAAAGUGCCAAGGAAGAAGACCUACAGACACAAAAGGUUAAGGAGAUGGAUAACACACACAAGAAAUCGUCCGGUGGUCUGAGACAAGAUCAACUCAAUGCCUACCGGAAAACUGAAGUUGUGCUGGGAACAAUUGACCAAAUGAAAAGGCAAAGGGCUCUGGAGCCAGAUGAGACAGAUAAAUAA